AUGCCAUUGUACCUGAGGAUGACUUGUAACUGUGAUGCAGGCUGUAGUCCAAAUCCGUGUCCAGGUGGCAACAUGUGCACUGAGAGCGGCAACACACACGUGUGUACAUGUCCUGAUAAUUUUUACGCCAGUGUUAUGGACUGCCAACUUUAUAAUCCUUGUUCAAACAAUCCCUGUUCAAAUCCACCAACAUGCAGUUCAUUCACAGUACCAGUUGCGUAUCAAUGUGCUUGUACAGAAUUCACGGGGAACACGUGCCAAGAAUAUACAAUAUGUACUAAUAAUCCUUGUCGUACUGGCUACAACUGCACACAGUCAACUGGCUCUAAUAUAUUUAAAUGUUCCUGUCCUGCUGGUUAUUUAGGCGACAACUGUGAUGUAUAUAACG